AUGAAUCACCUUCAAAUAUCCACCGACCCGACGCUGCUCGGGGCGGACCUGCUGCCGGAGUCGCUAACAACGUCGCCCUCGGUAUCGACGUUCCUGCCGGAGGAGGACGCUUCCACCUGUCUGCUGCUGCCGGAAACCCCCAGCCCACCGUUGGACUUUUCCCACCCGCUGACGCCGAGCAUGGGCAACCCGGGGGACAAUCUGCCGUGCGAUUCGGUGACCGGCGGGGACGACCCGGCGGCCGAAACGAGCAGCUCGUCCGGCAGUUCCGGGAUCGGUAUGGUCGGGCCGGUAGGGGCCGCCGCUGGCAAUCUGUUCAGCCACAACACCUACCAGCAUCUGCGCAAGAAGAGUGACGUCGCGAAGGCAGGCCAGGACGGGUCGAUGCAUCACGCGGCCAUUCUGGGCAUCGCUGUGACGAAGGAUAUGCCCGGGUUCGUGCACUGGAACUGGCCGCUUAUACGCAAGUGUACCUUCUUUGCGUUCCUCGCCGUGAUUGUCGCCAUGGUGGGCAUCGUGGUGGCCAUGAUUGCGACCUUGCCGAAGUUCUGCAAUCCAGACACCGCUUGGUACAAGGGAUCCGUGUUCUACGAGGUCUUUCCCGCCAGCUUUCAGGACACAAACGAGGACGGGUUGGGCGAUAUUCGGGGACUGAUCGGGCGUGCGGAGUACUUCAAAUCCCUCGGCAUCGGUGCAGUCCGUUUGAACUCAAUCUUUCCCUCCAAGCACUACCCGGACCACUUCCAGGAGAUAACAACGCUGACGGACGUCGAUGAGGUGCUGGGAAAGGUGGAGGACAUCCAGAAGUUGGCCGCCACGCUGCACGAGCGUAACAUUUCGCUCGUGCUGGAUCUUCCCAUCUAUCCCUUCCUCGACCGGCUCAGUCGCUCGACGAUCGACCUCGAUCGUUUGCCGAAUCGCACCGAUGGCGAUAUGGUUACGAGCGAGUUCCUGCGACUUUCACGGUCGGUUGAAGCUCGCAGUGAUGGAACAAUCGUCUCCGAUGUGGUACGCUUCUGGCUCACCCGGACCGGCGUCGAUGGGUUCUACGUGAAGGGUCUGGAACACUUUGCCGAAGAUCCGCUGUUGGUGGAGAACGUUAAGGAGUGGAAGUACCUGCUCGGACCGGAGCGUGUUUUGAUCGUAGGCCAAAAGCUGGUGGAGAAGCUGCCGGAGAGUGUCGUCCAUGACGUGCUGUCGCAGGUCGAUUUGGUCGAUGUGUAUCUGGAUGUGAGCAACGGAACGGAUGGGAUCGGCAAAACAGUGCAGGACGCUAUAAAGGGUCGGCUGUUGCGUGGUGAGGAUCAUCCGUGGAUCCACUGGAGCUUGGGUAGUGUUUCGGAGCGCCGGAUGACGUCGGGUCUCAGCCCAAAUGCGACACUUGCUGCCACCCUCAUGGAACUAACCUUACCCGGUACACCCAGCAUCUUCUAUGGUGAUGAAAUUUCGCUCGAGGAAGUACACGACCCGAAGGGAGAGCACGGAGACUCGCAACAUCUGCACCAUUUGGCCACGAUGGUAUGGGAUGGGUCACAGAAUCAGUUUACGAGCCGUGCAUCGCUACCGUGGAUGCCACGCAGUGCGUCCGCUUCGCUGCACCACCUGGACUACGUGAUCGAAGCGAUCGCGCUCCGGAAACGGUCACCCUCGAUCUAUUUGAACGCGGUUGUGAAGGAGGGGAAGAGGCUACCGAACGCCGACGUGAAAUCGAAUCAGAACGAAAUCCUCGUCGUACAGCGAUGGUACCCGCGCCGGCACUCGUUCGCCACCAUCGCCAAUCUGGGCCAGAAGCGAGUCUCGCUCGAUCUGACCGCCAUGUUCUACAGUGGGGAAAUCGUUGCCGGAUCGUCGCUCAAACAUGAGCGAGUAUAUUUCGACCACUUCGAGAUAAACCCACUGGAGACGAUCGUAGUGAAACUACACAAGUAAAUCUGUAGGCCGACACUAUGCGAUGUUUGCCGCAUCUGCUUCCUGCUGGUAGAAGUGUCUUCUUUCGUUACGAUUCAUGGAAUCGGGUAACUAACAUCAUGCUCCAAGGCUGUUGGCUUUGAUAGAGAGUCAUUGAAAAAACGAAGAAACAGUUUGUUUUGUAUUGUUUCAUUAGAUCGCUAGGUUUUAUUUUCAUUUGCUGGUUGCCUACCUACACAUAAACAUAUUAAUCGUAAUACAAAAUUAUAAAUGGAAAGUUUGUUAAUAAAAAAUCAACAGACAGUUUGAGCCUGUAAAAAACAGAAGAAAAAAAUAUAUCGCGGAACAUCUUGAUUCUUUCCUCCCAAAACCAAACCCAUGAAAGUGAAAAAAAAGAUGGCAGCUAGUAGGAGCUUGUCAAAGGCCAUAACUCGAUCCGAAGACAGAUUCACUACGCGCGAGAAACAAGAGAGAAAUAUGGGGCCGGAAAAUUUUGCCACAUCUAUCGAUGAUGAAACGAUCCAAACGGUAAACGAUAGAGAGUUGCCGUACGCUUAACGAAACUUAAAAGGGCGCCAAACUAACUACCCUAGCUAGCUAUCCUACCUACCUAUCUAACUAGCUAACUAUCGACCUAACCUAUAGGUAAAAUUCUGUCUGCGCGCGUCUGCCUUACGAUAUACCCAUGCGGAAAACGUUUAAAUAGCUAUUAAACCUACUAGUACCUCUAUUAUUUCUACCUUAUCCUUCCUACGGAAGGAUACGUUCAUGUUGUUCCCCCGUUUGCGCACCUAAAUCCUUUCACCCGUUCUAAAACUUUCA